UUUAAUCUGUCAAAGUAUACUCAUCUGGCUUUGGCUGGGGAAUUUAAUUAUUUUUAUGAAAAUUGGAUAUUUUAUUAGAAUAAUCAUUUAUUUUUUGCGUACCUAUUAUCACAAUGGACAAACACAAUAGUUCAGAAAUAUUAUCAUCAGAUUUUUCGCUCUCUAAAAAUGCCAGUUCUGAUUCGUUGGAUUCCGAUUCGAAAUCAAGUUCAUUGAAUUCUAAACACGGACAGGACUCCCCGCAUGUAUUGGGUGAUAUACAGUUGCUUGACAAUGAAAAGGUGAUGAGUGUGGCACGUGAUGUCACAUACUUGUGCCCCUUCAGUGGACCAAUCCGAGGAGUCCUGAAAGUCACCAAUUACCAACUCCACUUCAGACCGUUAGAUGCGGCAGCCCUGCAGUGCACACUUAGUGUUCCACUGGGCGUUGUAUCCCGCAUUGAAAAAGUAGGAGGUGCUUCAUCUAAAGGAGAAAAUUCAUAUGGUAUCGAAGUAUUUUGUAAGGAUAUGAGAAAUCUUCGUUUUGCACACAAACAAGAAAACCAUUCCAGGCGUGGCAUUUUCGAAAAACUACAGCAACUUGCGUUCCCACUGUCUCACCGACUUCCAUUGUUUGCGUUCAGUUACUCUGAGCACUUCCCAGAAGAUGGCUGGCAUGUAUAUGAGCCAAUUGCAGAGCUCAGGAGAAUGGGUGUAAACAACGACAUGUGGCGCAUAACUCGCAUCAACGACAAGUACGAAGUGUGCGACAGUUACCCAGCAGUGUGGGCGGUGCCGGCGGCGGCUAACGACGACCUCCUCCGGUCGGUCGCUGCGUUCAGGUCGCGAGGACGGAUACCGGUCCUGGCGUGGAUACACCCGAGCUCACAGGCGACCAUAUCUAGGUGCAGCCAGCCACUUGUUGGGGUUAGCGGUAAACGCAGCCGUGAGGACGAGCGUUACAUCCAGCUGAUUAUGGACGCCAACGCGCAGGCUCACAAGCUGUUCAUAAUGGACGCCCGGCCCAGUGCAAACGCCAUCGCUAACAAGGCGAAAGGAGGCGGAUAUGAAUCGGAAGAUGCCUAUCAAAAUGCUGAACUUGUCUUCCUUGAUAUUCACAACAUACACGUAAUGAGGGAAAGUCUGCGAAAACUGAAAGAGCUUUGUUUUCCACAGAUCGAUCAAACUAGAUGGUUCAGCGGAAUAGAGGCUAGUUGCUGGUUGAAACAUAUCAAAUGCAUACUAGCUGGCGCUGUUCGUAUUGUAGACAAGGUGGAAAACCACAAAACAUCCGUCCUCGUCCACUGUUCCGACGGGUGGGACCGUACUGCUCAGCUGACAGCGCUGGCUAUGCUCAUGCUGGAUCCCUUCUACCGCACGUUGAGAGGCUUCGAAGUGCUCAUCGAGAAGGAGUGGCUCUCGUUUGGACAUAAAUUCCAGUUGCGUAUCGGCCACGGAGACGAGCGUCACUCGGACGCGGAUCGUUCGCCAGUAUUCGUGCAGUGGGUAGACUGUGUAUGGCAACUGCAACAACAGUUCCCAACUGCGUUCGAAUUCACUGAGCGCCUGCUCAUAACAAUAGUGGACCAUCUGUAUUCUUGCCGCUUCGGGACGUUCCUGUUCAACACUGAACGCGAGAGGUUUAAGGAAGAAGUAAAAACGAAGACAGUAUCUCUCUGGUCCUACAUCAACAGCCGUCAGGAUUUAUACCUGAAUCCGCUAUACUGGGGGCCUUCUUCCUUCGGGACCUCGCCUCCAUCGCCGUAUUCCAGGCCGCAAGUGGUGUUGGUACCGGUUGCUUCGUUGAGGGUCAUCAAGCUGUGGAAGGCGCUGUAUUGCAGGUGGAACCCUACUAUGAGACAGCAGGACCCUAUCUACCAACGGACCAGAGAGUUAGUGGCUCUUCGGGCCCAAAUAGAGGCGGCGGCGGCAGCGGCAGCGGGCGACCACGCCGCAAGGCAGCACCGGCUCGGUCUGACUCCGCCGCGGGUGGCUAGUCCGCACCAUGUUUGAGACAAGUAAGAAGAGCUAACACGUCACUAUUAGGUACGGUGACACAAAAUCAAGUUUCAAGUAUUUAGUGCAUACUUAGUAAACUUCACGCUGCGCCUGACGAAUGCCAAGUAUGUUACGUUUUAAAUAUUAAGAAUUAUUGUAUAAAUCGUUAUCCAUUUUGGUUUGUGUAUCGAUGUUGGUAGUUGUAAUAAGUAUUGAUCAAACAUUUGAGAAUAUUGCCUUACAUUAUUAUUCAAUAGUAAAUUUCGCGGGUGCUUUAAUUUUUUUCGAAAAUGAGCCGAACGGAAAUGAUAACUUUUAAAAUAACGUUGCAUUUAUUUAGUAGAGUUUAGACUUAAAAUUUUAGACAUACCGAAAUAUUAUUUUUGAUGUUAUAAGAUAGACAACAAUAGGUACCUGGGAAA